CUGCGGCGACGGUGCACCCGAGCAAGGGGGAGGGGAGCGAAAGGGGACACUUACGGGCUCGAGAGGUUCGGGUGGCGGCGGCGGCGGCCCAGCAGCCGCCCGAGAACUGGCCGGCCCCGGCUCCGCCGGCCCGGCGGCCGCAGGGCUCUCCGGGCGGCGGCGGCGGCGAGGGACGCGCGCGCACGGACGCGGAACGCGCCCCGGAGGCGGCCAGGGGUGGCUAG